UAAGGACCGAAGCAUCAGUUGGCGCGCGACGCAGAGCCAGAAAGAUGGCAGAUCCGGGGAUCAGAGUGUUUAGUCGUGCGCUUCUCUUUGCGGUGCUUUUCCUUCAUGUAUUUUCAAAUCCUGUUAAUAUACCGUUGCAGAGUGUCUCUGAUCUCUUAAUACAAAGUGCUCUAAAUUCUCUGAAUGAAGAUUCCCCUACCCGACACACGUACAAGGGUGGUAACCUCAUUAGUGCGCAGAAAUUGUUAGAGCCGCCAUAUGUCAUCUACAGGCUGACCUUAAAUCUUGAACCAGAAUGCGAUGGAGACUCAUCCUCCUGUCCUAGAGAAGCUUGCGCCAUUAAUCUGAAACAACACGAGCUUGGUGUAAUAGAAGUUCAACAAAGCUCGAUACAAUGUAUGUACUUGUAUCCUCAAGUACAAGAGGACGAAGUCAACAGAGUACAACAGAUGCAACAGGAAAGUUCCCUGGAUAUGAAUCUACAGGAUCAAGAUGUCAUCGAGAGUUUGGAUAAACAGAUUCUGAAUCAGAGCGUAGAAUUGGAUCAUGAGGUCCAAACUGCUGCUGAUCAAAAUGAUGAACCAUUUAUAGCUGUACGAGCAUCCAAUCUGAAAUACUGUCCAGGAUGCCCGUACGAACUAAAUCCUACUUUACCUGGACUCUCUGCCUUUGCAGAACAAGCGGUACAAUCAAUGGACGAAGCAGGUCAGACAGAUUACAAACAUAAACUGGUGAGCAUCGUUAGAGUAACACGUGCUGUACCACCAGGUUCUAACGUAGUACAAUAUAACCUCUUGUUAGAGAUUGGAGAAUCUAACUGUUUGAACAGUACUCCAAUCGACAGAUCUGAAUGUUCAUUGCAGUCCAAUAUACCUAUCAAGUUGUGUCAAGUAACCUUUGAGGAACGACCUUGGCAGGAAAAUAGUCGUCAGAUAACAAAGAACAAUUGCACAGAGGGUCAAGGAGUAGAAAAUGAGCUAAGCUCGAGCAUAAGUCCAAAUAUAGCUGCAGAUUCUCUCGUUUCGUCUAGACUGAACAAUCAACAAUCUGUGCAGGAUGUUCUUGUUAAAACGAGCAAUUAUGACCAGCUCACUCAGGAAACAAAGACCGCUACUUACGGAAGUCUAAUAGAUGAACUCUUUGGGAAUCCUGUAAACACCACCGUUGUUGAAAUCACGACCGAACAAACAGGUACUCUAGUAACGGAGGAAACUCUCACGAAAAUAGUAUUAAAUAAUGAUAAUAAGAAAGAAGAAGCAGUGUUUUUUAAUGAUAAAUUCAAAGAAUUUGAUGAGUUUUUGGAAGACUUCAAUGUGUCCGUUAAUACAGAAGUAUCAACCCUAUCAAGCACUGGAGUGCCAGUCACGGAAGAAGUUAUUGUGGCUGUAAAAGUGAACGAAGAGAAUAUUCCAACUAAAGCCAGUUCCAAAGACAACAAGCAAACUCAAGUAACAAAUUUGAACACCUAUGAACUUAAUAAUUCCCAUUCCGAAUCAAACUCUAGUGAAGAAGUCCAAACCUCAGGAAUAGUACAAGUAAAAGAUAGUUCAGAGGAGUCUCAUGAGUCUGCUGAAAGCAAAGAAUUACCAGUUGCAUUAAACAGGAAGAAAAGAGCUCUGUCGAGCAAGUUGCCUCAAUCUGAAAUUAACUUCAUAAAUGAAUUAGCUAAGAAGGCUGUGGAUAUCCUAGAUGAUAUUGAUACUGACAGUGACAAGAGAAUCAUCGUGGCUGUGGAAAAUGCAACGACAAUUUAUUCUCAUGGUAUAAUUUACCGUAUCACUAUGUUAAUAGCGAGCACAAGUUGCGACGAGAACUCAAGACACGAACUUAAUUGCAACAAUAAAAUUAUACCGCCGAGAAAACGAUGUAAAAUAGAAGUACAUCUCGACGGAAAGAGGUUGUUGCAUACUGCUAAGGUUGCAAAAUCUUCCUGUUGUGAUUUACCGGAGGAAGUGAAUAAUCAUGUAACCCGUAGAAGACGAGGAAUAUCCGGUGGAGUGAAUGCCAUAAGCGUAAGCGAUCCUGAGGUACUGAAAUAUGCUAGCAUGGGACUUGAGACAUUCUCAGCUAAUUUCGAAGGCCCAAACGAGCCGAUUCUCGUGGAGAUCCAGGAAGCCAGUGUACAGGUAGUCGCUGGGAAUCUGUACAAGAUAAAGGUCAAGCUGGGUACUAGUAACUGUCCAAAGGGUACCAAGAACAAUUGUGCAUUAAAACCAGAUUCUGAAACUAAAAUCUGUCUAAUAAAAGUGUGGUCCCAGCCCUGGUUAGACGAAGGAUCUCCUGAUGUAAAAGUCAAUUGCGAUCAGACGAGGAAAAAACGAGAAAUACCCGGUGGAGUGAAUUCCAUAAGCGUAAGCGAUCCUGAGGUAGUGAAAUAUGCUAGCAUGGGACUUCAGAAAUUCUCAGCUAAUUCUGAGGGUCCAAACGAGCCGAUUCUCGUGGAGAUCCAGGAAGCCAGUGUACAGGUAGUCGCUGGGAAUCUGUACAAGAUAAAGGUCAAGUUGGGUACUAGUAACUGUCCAAAGGGUACCAAGAACAAUUGUGCAUUAAAACCAGAUUCUGAAACUAAAAUCUGUCUAAUAAAAGUGUGGUCCCAGCCCUGGUUAGACAAAGGAUCUCCUGAUGUAAAAGUCAAUUGUAAUCAGACACCCAGAAGAAAGAGGUCACUGCGUGGUGUGAAUUACUCUUUAAAAAUGAUGAAUCAAGCAAAAUAUUUUAAGUAUGAAAAAAUGUUUCAACAAUUCACACAAGAUUUUAAUAAGACAUAUUCUUCUUCAAAGGAGAGAAAGAACCGCUUCGAGAUCUUUAAGAAAAAUUUGAAUGUCAUUGAGGAACUACAGAAAAACGAACAAGGUACUGCUAAGUACGGAAUAACAAUGUUUGCAGAUUUAAGUACAAAAGAAUUCAGGAAGAAAUAUUUAGGCCUCAGACCGGAUUUAAAAUUGGAAAAUCACAUACCAAUGCCAAUGGCUGAGAUACCAGAUAAUAUAGAAUUACCAACUGAAUUCGACUGGAGAGAUCGCCAUGUGGUGACAGAGGUUAAGGAUCAAGGACAGUGCGGAUCAUGCUGGGCAUUUUCUGUCACUGGUAACAUUGAAAGCUUGUAUGCAAUUAAGUACAAAAAGCUUUUAUCCCUCUCCGAACAAGAACUGGUAGAUUGCGAUACCUUGGACCAAGGCUGCGGCGGUGGUCUCCCAGACAAUGCCUACAGAGCAAUAGAGAAUCUUGGUGGUCUGGAAUUAGAAAAAGAUUAUCCAUACGAAGCUGAGAAUGAAAAAUGCCACUUUAAUAAAAGCAAAGCCAAAGUGGUAAUUACAUCCGCUGUAAAUAUCACCUCGAAUGAAACUCUGAUGGCUAAAUGGUUAGUGUCGAAUGGACCAAUUUCAAUUGGGAUAAAUGCAAAUGCUAUGCAAUUCUAUAUGGGAGGAGUAUCUCAUCCCUACAAAUUCUUAUGCAGUCCGGAUAACCUAGAUCAUGGUGUUCUGAUCGUUGGCUACGGUAUACACACAUAUCCGCUGUUCAACAAGAAAUUACCAUACUGGACGAUAAAGAAUAGCUGGGGCCCGAGGUGGGGUGAACAAGGUUACUACAGGGUCUAUCGUGGAGACGGAACCUGUGGCGUUAACCAAAUGGCUUCGAGUGCCAUAGUUGCUUAAACUUCUAUUUAAUGCUAAAUACUAAACUAAUAUAUUCCCAGAAAUAACGAAUAACCUAUUAAAAUUUCUAGAACGUUUGGUCUAACUUAUAUGAAAGCAUUGAUACUGUCUAACUGCACUUACAAAUUGCAGUGAUCCAUCGGAACAAUGGAUUGCUUGUUUAGAAGCUACAGUAUGUGUGUGUAUAUAUAUAUAUACACAUAUAUAUAUGACUUAUAGUGAUACAAACUAUAUGACAAUUGCUUUCUAAAAGCUUCUCGAUGAUCAUUCUACGUGGAUUUUUAGAAGUUCGACCUCGUUCGUGUUCUCACUUACGAUAUUAGAAAAAUAGGGUAAAAUAUUAUUGUAAUAUUAUAUAUACUUUUAUACGUAUAUCGUGCCAAGUUUUAAUAAUCGUUGAACUUCUUAAGCUUGUUUAAAAAAAAAGUUACUGACAAUUUGAUCUUUAUGUUACAUAUUUAAGAGAUACUGACACAACAAAGGAUCUAUUAGCAGUAAAAGAAAAUUAAGCGCUAUGAUAUUGGGGGAUCGUCAUCACAACGAACCAACCUAAAACUAGAGUUUUCAAGGUUUACUUAAUUCUCUGUGAAAAGCACAAAACUGAUAAAGACGACAGCGUUUUAUUUAAGAUACUUCAUAAAACAAUGAAUUAUUACGCAUUUCGUAUUUUAAAUAACUGUAAGACAGUUAACACCAACAUGGCUGAUCAUGAUAGGUCUGUUCAGUAUCUAAAAUUGUGAUAUUUUUUCAUUAAUUAAUAAAGAUUAAUAAUUAUUAUUAA